AUGUCUGCAAUUGAAACUGAGCGGCAGUCUACACCUCAUCAGAGGUUCAGAGAGAGCCAAAAGGGCGCAGGACACAAGCAUCCUGGAUUAGACCCGAGUCGAUCUUCUACUGGUGUUGUUUGGACUACGGAGCGAGCUUACGAACACGGCUUCCUCGAAAAUCCUCAGGAAUGGAGUAACCUCGGCCAGGGAGCUCCCGAAGUUGAAGAUGAUAUUCCACAUGCGUUUCACAAGCCCACAAACAUUGAUAUUUCAGUCUCUUCUCGUGAAUAUGGUCCCACCGCCGGGAUUACUCCUCUCCGGGAGGCGGUAGCAAACCUUUACAACGCUCAAUUCAGAGCUAAUAAGCCUUCAAAGUAUACAUGGGAGAACGUGUGUAUCGUUCCGGGAGGGCGUGCAGGACUACUGCGCAUUUCUGCGGUAUUGGGAAACGCUUAUCUAAGCUUCUUCAUCCCGGAUUAUACGGCGUAUAAUGAGAUGCUUGGUCUAUUCAAGAACUUUGCGGCUAUUCCGUCGCCGCUAGAUGAAUCGGAUGGGUAUAGAAUCCAUCCGGAAAAAAUUAGGGAAGAGGUGAAGCGAGGUGUUAGCGUGAUUCUUACUAGUAAUCCGAGGAACCCUACAGGCCAUAUGCUCAAGGGAGAAGAGUUGAAGGAAGUGUUGGAUAUUUGUAGAGAGAGAUGCACAUUGAUCAUGGACGAGUUUUAUAGCGGAUACAAUUAUGCCGAUAAUUGUGAUGGUACCACUAUCAGUUCUGCGUCCUAUGUUGAAGAUGUGGAUGAUGAUAACGUCCUCAUUAUCGACGGCAUGACCAAGCGCUUUCGUCUUCCCGGAUGGCGCAUUGCUUGGGUCGUCGGUCCCAAGGAAUUCAUCAAAGCAGUUGGUUCCUGUGGUUCUUACCUUGAUGGCGGUGCCAACGUGCCAUUUCAACUUGCAUCAAUACCGAUGUUAGAGCCGAACUUUGUUGUUAAGGAGAUGGCAGCAUUACAACAGCAUUUCAAAGGUAAAUUGGAUUUUGUUAUCCAGAGAUUGACGUCGAUGGGUUUCAAGUUCCCAAAUUUACCAGACUCAACGUUCUAUAUCUGGCUCGAUCUCACUCAUCUCCCAGAGAAAAUCCGUACUGGCCUUGGCUUUUUUGAAGAAUGUUUGAAAGAAAGGGUAAUUGUGGUACCGGGCAUUUUCUUUGACCUUAAUCCAAGCAGCCGGAGGGAUUUGUUUGACAGCCCAUGCCAUCACUUUGUCAGACUAAGUUAUGGGCCAAAAUGGGAUCGUUUAAUAAUGGGUUUAGAUGGGAUCGAAAGAGUUCUAAGGAAACAUGGCGCAAUUGAAUGA